UUUCGUACUUCUUUUGUUAUUAAAAUUAACACAAUCAUUGUGACAUCGGAAACAUACACCGGCGACCGGCUGACGUGUCUAACUGCGGCGAGCUUAUAAUCAUCCUUAGAAGAAUUUAAGCGUAUUUUUUGCAUAAAAAAUAGAAACAGAGAGAUAACGCGAUUGUUAAAAAUACAUGUACGUGCGACAAUGCGCCGCUUAAAAUAUUGUUGAAAGUAUUCCUUAAAAACGUAUAUAUGUGGAGUAUGAGAAAAUUACACAGACGUAUAUAUAUAAAGUCACCGAAGAAAGUACGGCAACACAAUCUCGUCAAUCUCGUAAUCUAAGCUGCGGACUUGCUUCCCACUUGUUAGCCGUAAUUUCGUUUAAACGUUGAUUGCCGUGUCAUUUAGCAAUUACAUUCGCAGUUUUGAUCGCAAUGUUAAGCUGAUUCUAAUUACAUUUCAGAUACACGUUCGUAGCGUUCGCAUGUUGUAUUGAUGAAACUUUUCACCGUACGUGGACGUUUCUCUUUUCAUUUUUCAAUUGCCUCAAGGGGGAAUCGUUCCCUUCGCUUUCGAGUUCUUCGGUGCGAUCGUAAAUUUCCGUGCAAAUGAGAAAAAAAGAGAGAGAAAUGCAUGUGCGUCUGACGAGGGAAAGAGAUAGGGAUAGAGAAAGAGAGACAGAGAGAGUGGCAAGGGAGGCGUGCAUCGCGUGCGAAACGUAAUUUCUCCCUUUUUCGUAUGUUCUACACAUCGUGCGGCGGACAGUCGAUGCACAAUGCGUACGAACGAUCGAUAAGAAUCGAUAGGAGGAGCCUUCUAACUAAAAAAGAAAAAAAAACACAGUAGAACAGUUGACAUGUUGCGCACGAAGCUUCGCAAUUAUUGCCUUCCCUUUCAUGAGUGCGUCUCUCUCUCUCUCUCUCUCUCUCUCACUCACUUUUCGCUCCCUCCCUUCUCUAUGUAUUAUUUGCAUCGCGAGACUUCGUUCAACUUCAUCGACCAAAACUACUAAAGUAUACCGUUGGCUUUUUAAUACUUAAUUACCUGCCUUUCCCCCCUUUCAACCGCGAUUAUUGCAGCGCGUGUUUCGCGCAUGGAAGGGAGAUGGAGGACGUCGCCUUUCUGAAUACUUUUAAAUGCGACCGGAGCAAAAUAUCCUGGCGAACUUUCGAGCGAGUCUUCGAGUCGCGCGUCACUUGACUGAUCACGUCAAGGAAAAUGCGAUCGCGCGAUCAGCAGCAGUAGGACGUCGCGCUGAAGCCGCGCAAGAGAAAGCCGCCGUCGCCGUCGCCGACGAGGGAAAAAUCCAGCAACGACGAGUCGCUCGCGCGAUCUCACCGGCCCAGGGUCACGAUAUCCCGCGGCGAAGAGCCGCACGGCCGGUCGGACGAGAGGAGCUCGACUCCUGAAUUUAGCGGAUGCACCGCCGACACCAACGUUCUCACCCGCGACGUCGUCGAGCUCUUCGAGAACGGGAACCGCCACAUCACGUUGGAGGAGCGUACCACUUGCACACGGAUCUCCAGCUCGAUGGAGCUGCAGGAGAAGGACGCGAUCGACGAGUGCUCCACGUGCAAGGACUGCGCGGAAUGCCAGCUGCAGAGCAGCGCCGCGAAGACCCGCGAGACCGAUGGCGAUCUGACGAACGACGAGGAACACUUCGAUUACUACGAGAGCGAGCUGAACGAAACGGCCUCUAUGUCGAGCACGGUCACCUCGAUCGACUACGAAGUUCCCAUACUCGUGGACCUGACCAGUGAGGAGUCGAAGGCCACCUGGAAGCAAACGAUCCUCAAGCGAUUCGGCGACGGCAAGAGCGCGGAAAUGUCGGAACCUCGCAUCAUGAUAGCCGACAGUUCGAGCAGGUUGCAGCGCAGCGGCACGGGCGGCAGUUUGGCGACCGCCUUGAGAGAUCGCGGUCCUUGCGUGAUCCCCGUGCAGCCUAAUCGCUCGCUGCCCAUUCGGCCGGCGCCGCCGAUGCCGACGAGGUCGGCGUCGAUCGUGACGUCAAGGAAAGCGCGCUCGCCGAUCCUCCUCAAGCCGUCGAGACCCGCGAGCGGUUUGGACGUGGUCGAGGUCGUGCAGUCCGAGAAAUCCCGCGCCCUGACGAACGAGUUCCUCCCGUUCGGCCGGCAGGACGGCAAGAGCGAUGACGGGAUGAUGCUCGCGGGCGAACUUAUCGGUCGGACGGAUUACGUUCUCCCGGACGUGCGAACUAACGUCGUGCAGAUUACGCAGGAGAUCAAUAGCGUGAAAAGAAAGAGCAGCGACGAUCGGGAUAGGGAAUAUGAAAAAGAGAUCACCAAAGACGUGAAAAAACGGAGGAAAUCGCACGAAGUGGACGCGAAUCACACGCGCGACGAACGCAUCGAGAAUAUCUUGAAGGAAUAUUCGAGAACGUAUUCCAGUAAUUUGGCCGACAAAGGAGAGAGGAAGUCGCAGCAUGUAGUGUUGGGAUUGUGGGACGGUGACAAGAGGUGUUCGCCGUCGGUCGUAGUGUCGACCACGGAGGCGGAGAAGACGAAGGAAAUCUGCAACAAGGUUGUGCCGCCUCUGAGAUUGAAGAAAGUUGUGCGCGAAGCGAGUACUAUCGCCGAGUACCAUAACGUGGAGGUGAGCGCCGAGCCGGGCAACGAGUUGAAUUAUCGCAUCGUUACCGGCGCCACGCCGCGGCCGGAAUCCCCGUCCGGCUACUCCGCGUCUUUUUGGAGCAGCAUGGACGCGGAGGGGGACGUCGACGGCAGGCAGACGCUGCGGGACAAGAACCGGCGGUCCUCGCCGAAGACGAGCGACGGCUACAAGAUCAAGUACCGGCGCAACCGGCUGCGGCAGAAGCUGCGGGAGCUGCGCGGCAAGGCGCUGGAGCUGUCGCACGAGAUGGCCGUCCGCAGCAACAACGGCGACACGAGUCCGCAAUGCAGCACGCGGCUGCGUCAGAUGAUGAACUGUUACGAGAAGCAGAUCGAGAACGUCUCGAAGUUGCUGUGCAAGCUCUCCGCCUCGAUACCGCCGAGCGCGAGUAACGACGUGGUCGACCUCGACUACGAGAACGAGCUGGACGAGGAGGCCGAGCGAACCGCCAUUGACAGCGGCGGAGUCGCGGCGCAGGUGGUCAACGGGCUGGCGGCUUCCCCGUCGCCGCCGAAGCUGUCGCCACUUUCUCCCAUCGACUACGAGAAAAUCAAGUCGCCGGACAGGAUGAGAGACAGCCCGCCGGUGUUGCCCAGGGUGUACAUCGCGAUCCAGCCGACGACCCUGGGAUUUAUGAAGAAUUUCAGCGCCGCGAAGAACUGGCACGGAGGAGGAGACCGCGACGACACCUCGUCAACGAUCGAGAUCGGAGUCAAGGUCCUCGACGAUGCGGAGCGGACGAUCAUUCGUGACGGUGCGACGACUAAUGAGCCGGCUCUAUCCCCGGUGUCGUCGUUCGAGGACGGCCCGGCGGAAUGGGACGCGGAGGUGCUCUCGCCGAAACUGUCGGACUUGAAGAGCCCGGAGGUCGGGGAGAAGGUCCAGGUGGACACGAAGACGUUCGACGACGGAGCCGGACACCGGCGUUCGACGCCCUCGAACGACUUUCUCCUGGACGCGACGAUGAACAUCGAGAUAGACGGAGGCGACACGAAGGAGCCCGCCGACGUUCAAGGCUGCCACCUCGAAGAGGUGGUGACGCAGACCGCCGAAAUCCAGGCUGCGAGUGGCUCGGCACAAGCGGCUCGGGAGAAGCAGGAGGACGAACUGGAGCGGAACCGACCGAGCGAGGCGUUACCUUCCUCCGGUCCGGUCCCCGAGGAGACCGAGAAGAACACGGAGCAGGCGAGCUACGACCCGGUGGAGCAGGUCAAUAGCGAGGGUAGAACGGUCGCGCCCAUCGUGGCGCAGGAGGUAUCGACGAUAGUCGCACGGCCGCAAGUAGCCACGUCCAAUGUGAUGAGCAUCCUGCAGCUGCAGUCGAAUUACUACGGCUCGCCCGUCGCGAGGGACAACGUGGUCUUUACCGGCGUUAUACAGAACACGAGGAACGCGCAAAAGGUGACGACGAGCGUGAGCCAAUCCGUGGCCUUGAAUCCAACGAUGCCUCUGGUGUUCGACCAGUCCGGGUCCGCCGUCAGCAGCUCGAACCAGCAAUGCGUCGUCCUGCCGAACAGUUGCAACAACGAAGUCGCCCAGGAGAGCGCCGGCCAGCGGAAAGAGGGGAAUCGCAUUAUGACGGAGCAGUUUCCCACACUGGGCAACUGGGUGACGCGCAUGUCGAAGAAGCAACCUACCAAGUCGAAGUCUAAACUGCCGUCCGGAGUGACGCUGCCAACUGUUUCGACAGCGGAGGUCGCUCGCGUCCCCGGAGUGGAGGCGCAGAAGGUGCGCGCGAGCGUGCCGAGCAGCGUGAUUCGGAGCAACAUAGUCAACGUGGCUCCCCAGUGGAACACGGAGAGGUGGCAGCGCCAGCAGCAUCAGCAGCGUCAGCAGCAACUGUACGCCGCAGCGGCGGCGUCGUCAGCUCCGCCCGCAGUCCGGCCGGGAAUCUGCCCGCCGAUCUCGGUCACCCAGUUCUACCCGUCUAAUUACCCUAUCGAUCCUUACGGCAACGGCUCGGCCUUCGGCUACCACACGAUGUGCCCGUACGGCGACUAUCCCUAUCAUUCGCGGCUGCACACGGCUGCCGCGACGGCGCCGCCGAUGAGCGGCUACCAGAUACCGCUUCAGGACCCCUCGCCGCUCCGGCAGAUGCAGCAGCUCGACAAGCGUUUCCCGGCGCACCUGCAGGAUGCGGCGACGCGGCACUUCGCCACGGACCUCCUCAAGUACCCCGCUUUGUCCGCGGCGGGCAACUAUCAGCACACCGCCGCCGGCUUGGAGUUCGACCGGCUGCGAACCGCGACAGCGGCCACGCAACAAAACGGCACCACCGGCGCGUCCGCGGCUUGCCUGCCGCCGCCGCCGCCGUUGUUGCUGCCGUCCCCGCAGCCGCCGGCCCCGUUGCAAACCUCAGCGGCCCAGCAGACGUUGGCGCGCGCUCCCCUGGCUGGCUAUUCAUCAAGCGCGAGUCAGUUAGGCCGGAACAGGAUGAUACCGGACGUCGUGGCCGCGGCAGCGGCAGCUGCCGUCGUGGCGGCAGCUUCCUUCGGCCGGCAACGAGGCCCUCUGCCGCCCUACGGGAGGCCCGACGCGGACAUGGUGUCCGGAGGCAUCGGGGCGAUGAUCGACAGCGAGUCCACGCAGCUGAUGGCGAACCGGGCCGCCAGUCGCGAACGACUGCCCGAGCAGGUGCAAUCCGCCGGGGUGGCUCAUCCGAACUCGCGCAUGAACAACGCCGGUUAUCACCAGUUGCAGAACUUGAUCCUGGAUAGGCUGCCCUACGUGAAAACCGACGACGCUUAUUCGCAGCCGGUCAUCUACGGCGAAAACGCCGGCCAAGAGGCGUCCUCCGUGUCCUCGUCGGCGUACAAGGCUAACGUCGCGCUCUCGUCGUUGAUCACGAAGGAGGCCGUGAGGAAGGAGAGCCGUAACUGCGACACGCCGCAUCUGGGAAAGGUGAAUCGCAACCUGGACACGACGAGUAACCUCGAGUGCUCCAACUGCGGCCUGACCGGCUCGAUGUUCAAGUGUCUCGGCUGCGAGGCGGCUUUCUACUGCGACGAGAGAUGCCAGACCCGUCACUGGAGCAUCCACGUGGAGAAGUGCCCGAAGAGGAUGCCUAAAUUGAAGAAGCUUAUCUGAGAAAUUCGUCGUAGGAAUUCCGAAUCAUCGUCAUCGUUCGGUCGAGCUGCGGACUCCGAAUAAGAGAAUCGCGGAUCCGGUAUCUUCUAUUCGAGGUUCAACGCUCGUGAAACGAAAGAUGUGCGACAUUUACCACCAUUGUCUCGAUAUUCUUGCCGUAUGUAUAGGGUGGCCCAAGCUAAUCUCGAUUGCUCCUGGGUGGCGCGCCCGAACAGAACGGGUGACACCGAGCGGAAAAGUCUAUAUUGCCAUUUUGCAAAAUUCGCAAUAGUUGGUGAGGAAUUAUUUUUGUGUGAUUUUGGGACACCCUGACCCUUAUGUGUCUCUAGUCAGUGUGUAUGGUGAAUUUUAACGAACGAGUGCAAGUUACACCAUCUUGCAGUCGCGUCGGAUCUGUACCGUAAUGUGAUAAAGUGUGCCUGGUCGUAAAGCAAACGCUUAUUUGUCAUUUUAUGGCGCUUCACUCAUGGUCUAACGUUUCUCGUUCUUGUAAAUUAAAUUGCGAACUACAAAGUACAAAAGGCUCAACGCACCACGCAUCAUUCCCA